CGAACAUCAUUACGUCGGUUGCGAAGAGAGUGCGGGCUUGUGCUAUUCGGCCGGACAGCGUGUGCAUACUAACCAGCAGCUCCAUUUUCUCUUUGCCGCCAUGGCCGCGUCUCCACGCAGACGUCAGCUAUCGCCGCGCAAACGCCUGCCGCCCACACCGUUCAACCAGACCUGGCACGAGACCGACACCGCACACCUCGACCCCAACGCCCUGCCCGUCGCCCGCAUACCCCGAGGCUGGGAGCGCAAGCGCGAAGUGAAGCAGGUCAGCGACGGCAAAUCAAAGAGCAUCUGGCGCAGAUUCAGCGUACGGUCGAGCGUCGCCAACGAGCAGGAAGAAGAGCAGACGGACGAGGAAACCCAUGAUGCGCACUCACGCGCAGUCAAGAGACGGCAGAGGAUGAGCCCGAAGGCUAUGGAGAAGAUGCACGGCACCAAGCGCGUCUUCAAAGGGACGCGCUGGGAGAGCGGAAAGAGCACACUGCCCCGCAAGAGGUCUGCACAUGCCGAUAAGGCCUUGCACGAAGACCAGAGCGAGAGCGACGACACGCCAGACGCCACAGACGCAGACGCAGACGCAGACAUGAGCCACGAGGGCGUGGACGUGGGCGUGCCACACCAGCCAUCGUCAUUCACAUUUGCCAUAGACACGGCCCAGACGGUGGACGAGCUGCCGGACUACGAGAGCCUCGACGAGCAAGACGACGAGCGAGAAGAUGAGCAGAAGCUUGGCAACAUCCUGCCGGAGGACUCGACAUUUGCGCUUAUCUUCAGAUCGCCUGUCAAGCGCUCCUCGAAAGUCCAGUCAGCAUCGCCGGCGAAGGUUGCGUACCCCGAGCUGCCACACAACGUUGACGAGGAGACGCGAUCAGAUACAUCAACCGAGCAGGUCGAAGGAGAAGAUAUUACCGUAACGGGGCCGAACCUCGACAGCGCUUUCGCUGAGGUCAUUGCCAACGUGCCCGCUGCCACGCCAUACGUAGUCGAGAACACAGUCAACGAGUCUCAAGGAGAAGACCACAUUGCUAAAAACCCCACGUUGGAACCUGGUACCGCAGCGACAGACUCUCCUGAGCUAUCGACUGCACCAAUGACUGACGCUCAACUGGAGGAUGCAAAGCAUAUUGCCUAUCCUCGAAUGCCGACACAAGCGUCUCCAGAGAACAAGACUGAUAAUGCACAGAUCGCGAUGGAUGCCAGUGAAGACGAAGAAGAGGAUGCUGACAUGUCUGAGGUCGAUCUGGGUGCGUUCAGAAGUUCGAUAAGGCCGAGAGAGAGUGACAGCGGCGAUCUGAAGGAUGACGGGUCAGAAGAAGUUACCGAGGCAUCACUGCAAAUGGACAUCCAGGGGGAGUACGAGCUGGAAGGCGAGCUUGCCUCACAGCCACCAACACCAAAACCCGCCGCGAGUGGAACGCACAACAUCGCCGACGGCCUGACGAUUUCCAUCACACCAGCAAGAAUACCUUCCCGAGAACAUACGCCAAAGAAGCUGCACUCCCCGCCACCGCCCCUACGCAUCGACUCUGGCCCUGACGAUGCGACAAUGACUCUCGCCAUCGACGACGACGCCGCCAUCUUGAAAAGCUUCCUCAGCCGGGCAGCCGCCAGCAAGGCCGAAAGGUCUGCAAUCAUCACGAGGCGGUCGUCGCUGGAGAACAGACGAGACUCGGACGUCGUGCGUCACGCCCUGGCGUCUCCACGCAAAGCUCUCGAAGAGAUGGAUCCCAACUCGCCCACUAAAAUUGACAGCGAGUCUGCCUUUCAUCUGAUCGAGUCGCUAGUACAGCAAGUUGAGGUUGAGGAAUCCAUGUCUCCCUCGCUGGAACAACCUGAGGGCGAGGAAAUUGCAGAAAAGGCUGAACGGGCCUCGCGACGCUCGUCUCGUGCAAAGAAGUCGCGCCUCCCAGCGCCAGCCACAGCCGCGCCAGGUUCUACCACGAACAAGAUUGCGAUUCGCCGCGCUGAUGGCAGCGAUCCAGUCGUCCUCAAGAAGACUGAUGCACAAGAACUGGCCUUCAUCACCCGGAACAACACGCGGAAGAACAAACAGGGAGCUUUCAUGGUCAGCCUGCGCCUGCUUAAAAUCCAGGCCGACGCCAUUCUGUCUCCGCCCGCCGAACUUGACGCAGAGAAGCCACCUGUGCCCGGGAGGAGAGGGAUCAGAUGGGACGAGACAUUGGCCUACUACCAGGAGCACGCAGAUACCAUCGCCUCACAGCAAGCCGAAGCGGAGAGUCUGGCUACUCCAGACGAGCUCAGUCUUGCCGGGCCAGUGGCCACGAAGAAGCCCAAGGCGAAAACAAAUACCGACAAUAAACUGGCGCCAAAGGUCCGCCGUGUCAAAGGACUCGGCACAGCGAAUGGAACACCUGGCAAAGGGUUGUUGGCAAGUUGCUCUCUCCUCCCAGACGCUGUGCAAGAAGAGAAAGCUGCUGUGUCCCAGCCCAUACCCGCACCCGCAGCGAAGGGCAUACCCAAGCCCAAAGUCACCAAGAAGCUGCCCGUACCUUCCCCACCCACAGAACCGAAGCCACCAGCGCCCGAGACUGCAUCUGUUGGGCUCGAGCCAGUCAAAGAGCGCAAGAGUCGCAUCGCUCCGCCGAAGAGCGUCAAGCUGCCAAAGCCCGUUUCUGCGUCGUCGACGAGCGCGGCCCCGGUCCCUGCGGCCGAGAAGGAGAACAAGAGGACAGGCAUCAGUGGUGCGACGCCGAGGAAGGGUAUACCUGCGCCGCGCAUCAUGGCGCCAAAGAUGGCCUCAUCGGCGCCGGCGGCGACUGUGGGUGUCGAGAGCGCACUGCCUCGACGGAGAGGGCGGAAGGUCUGAAACAGCGAACGAACGUUGAGGGCAUGUUGUGAUGAUGUGAUGACUUGGGCGCUUGCAUGUUUUGCACAUUUCUGGAGUUCUAUACCUUUUAAGCAUUUAAGUCGGCGGCUAUUCAGAGGCGCAUGGUUCACAGCGGUGGAUGGACCUGGCAUAGUUAGGUCAAU